GGUCCCCGGAGGCCCGGUCCACCCCCGCCCGCUCCCGCCCCCGCGGAGUCGCGCAACUUCCCGGGAGCCGGGGCCAAAGUGAGCGCAAAGUGCUGCCCAACUUGCCGGGAUGGAGCUGCAGAGCCGGCCCGAGGCGCUCGCCGUGGAACUCGCGCGCCACCAGAACGGCGACCUCAAGAAGCAGCUCCACGAAAGGCAGCCGCGGAUCGCCGCGCUCAGCGACAAACAAGCUUUGGGAACCAUCACUGCAGUGCCUGUCACGGGUCCUCAGGUCAGUUCCUUGCAGAGGUUGGCCGGACAAGGAGCGGCCGUGCUACCUCAGGUUAGGCCAAAGACUCUGAUUCCAGACAGCCUCCCCGUCACCCCGGGCCGGGACCGGCCCCCCAAGCAGCCCCCCACGUUCCAGAAGGCCACCGUGGUCAGCGUCAAGAACCCCAGCCCGGCCCUCCCCACCGCCAACAACACCGUGAGCCAUGUGCCAACGCCCAGCAGCCAGCCCCAGGCCCUCGCCGAGUCCUCGGCCAUCACCUCCCCCCUGAGCGGCGCCGGGGUGGCCUACGCCAUCAUCUCCACCGCCCCCAGCAAUGCCACCGCCAUCGCCCCCAGCACCGCCGUGUCUGUGGUCAGCGACAGCGUCAUGGUCCAGCCCCUCCUCAUCAGUGCCGACAAGAAGGUCAUCAUCAUCCAGCCUCAAGUGCAGACGCAGCCCGAGAGCACGGCGGAGACGCGGCCGCCCACGGAGGAGCCAUCUCAGGGAGCUCAGGCCACCAAAAAGAAGAAGGAAGACCGACCCCCGAGCCAGGAGAACCCCGAGAAAAUCGCCUUCAUGGUAGCUCUUGGCCUGGUCACAACGGAGCACUUGGAAGAAAUCCAGAGCAAGCGCCAAGAGCGGAAGAGAAGAAGCACAGCCAAUCCCGCCUACAGCGGCCUCCUGGAGACCGAGAGGAAACGGCUGGCAUCCAACUAUCUCAACAGCCCCCUGUUCCUCACAGCAAGAGCCAAUGAGGACCCCUGCUGGAAGAAUGAGAUCACCCACGAUGAGCACUGUGCCGCCUGCAAGCGAGGGGCCAAUCUGCAGCCCUGCGGCACCUGCCCGGGGGCCUACCACCUCAGCUGCCUGGACCCGCCGCUCAAGACCGCGCCCAAGGGCGUGUGGGUGUGUCCCAAGUGCCAGCAGAAGGCCUUAAAGAAAGACGGUGGCGUGCCCUGGUCCGGGAUGCUGGCCAUUGUGCACUCCUACGUCACCCACAAGACAGUCAAGGUAGAGGAGAAGCAGAAGCUGCUACAGAGAGGCAGCGAGCUACAGAGCGAGCUGCGGCAGCUGGAGGAGUGUGACCGGCGCCUGGCCUCGGCGGUGAAGAAAUGCCUAGAGCUUAAGACGAGCCUGCUGGCCCGGCAGAGGGGCACCCAGACGUCCCUGGACCGCCUGCGGGCCCUCCUGAGACUGAUACAGGGCGAGCAGGUGCUGCAAGUUGCCAUGACGACCACCGGCCCCGCCCCGCUGCUGGCCGGGCCCUGGACCAAGCCCUCGGCAGCAGCCGUGCACCCCGCCCUUCAGCAGCCCCAGGGGCACAACUGACCCCGAGGGACCGGCUUCACACCCACGGAAGGUUCCUGGGACCCCCGCUCACCAGACCUGAGGGUUCUGUCCGCCUUAAUUCAUAAACACUAUGAAUUUCAGACGAAACUAAAACCAGACCGAGAGAGAGAGAGAGAGAGACGGAGGAAAGAAGGGGAGAAGGAACCGGGACGGGUUGGGAUGCAGUCCUACCCUCCACGUGCGGACGGGACCCCAGGAGGCCAGGUGGGCGCGAGACGGCCGGGCGCACACAGUCCCCCGGCCGUUGGGGGGCUGGCCCGGGCCCCUGGCUUCCAGGCACAGCUGUCUCCCCGGCCUCGUGCUGCCCCCGGGGGAGAGAAGGGCAGAGAGAGGUUGGGAGGGGAGCCGGGGACCUAGCUGAGUAGUAGGGGUAGUUGGGACGAGCAGUGGGUAGCGAAUCUAGGUAGGGGCCCGGGGCUCGGGGCUCGAGGCCGCAGGGCUCCAGCGCCUUCCGGAUCGCGGGCCCUUGUCAGUCAGUAUUAUUAGCGUUAAGAGUCACAGCUGUUGAACUUGAAAGAAACGACACGGUGGGUCCCUCCAGGGACGCUGCGGUACCCACCUGCCAGGGUCCCCGCGUGCCCCCGAGGCUCCUUCCCUUGGCUGGUCGUUUGGACUCCUUUUGCCACCGACGUAUUUUUCUCAUGGAGUUUUUUGGGCAAGAUGGGGCUGCGGGCACGCAGGGGAGGCACGUGGCGGGUCUUCUACUUGGGGUUGGGUCCUUCAACUUAACGACCGAAGCCUUUUCCUUUCUCUCCCCUCGAAGAGCCGAUAAAGCGUUCCACUCGUCUUCUCUUGCCAGUACAGACACUAUGCCAAAAAAUAACUUUACAUUUU